CAUGCGGGGUGAGGGCGAAGGGCGGGGCGAGGCCGGUCUGGUUGUGCUCGCUCCCCAGACAGAGGCCCCGGAGGCUCCCGAGCGACAAUGAAGCAGGAGCAGCAGCAGCAGCCGGUGCCGCCGCCGCCCCCACCCCAGCAGCCUCCCCAGCAGUCGUCGCCUCCCUUCGCCAGCCCGGGGGUGCCGGCCUUCCUCAGCAAGCUGUGGGCUCUGCUGGGCGAGACCCCCAGCAACCAGCUCAUCACCUGGAGCCAGAAUGGAAAGAGUUUCUUGGUGUUGAAUGAGCAGAGAUUCGCAAAGGAGAUUCUUCCCAAGUACUUCAAGCAUAACAACAUGGCAAGCUUUGUCAGACAGUUAAACAUGUAUGGCUUCCGUAAAGUUGUCCAUGUUGAUUCUGGAAUUGUCAAACUGGAGCGAGAUGGUCCAGUAGAGUUUCGGCACGCGUAUUUUAGGCAGGGCCGAGAGGACUUGCUGGAGCACAUUAAAAGGAAGGUUUCUUCUUCGAGACCUGAAGAAAACAAGAUACGUCAGGAAGAUCUCUCUAAAAUAAUUUGCAGUGCUCAAAAAGUGCAAAUUAAACAAACAACUAUUGAAUCUCAGUUGUCUCUUUUGAAAAGAGAGAAUGAAUCCCUUUGGAGGGAAGUGUCAGAACUGAGAGCAAAACACUUGCAACAGCAGCAAGUUAUUCGAAAGAUUGUACAAUUCAUUGUUACCUUGGUGCAGAAUAACCAACUAGUGAGCCUAAAACGCAAGAGGCCUCUACUUCUGAACACUAAUGGACCUACAAAGUCGAAUGUAUUUCAGAAAAUUGUGAAAGAACCAGCUGACAGUAGCCACCACGUACCUCUCAACAGAAGUGAGGGCUUAAAACAAAGGGAACAGAUUUCAGAUGACAUUGUUAUUUAUGAUGUCACUGAGGAUGUGGGUGAGGAAGAACAUCCCAUGGCUGAUGAAGAAAAUCUUCCUGUUACACCAGAAACAAGUGAAGAUACCACUUCAGAUUCUUCCAACUGUAGCUGUAGCUACCAUUCUCCCGAUAUUGUAAUUGUGGAAGAUGAUAAUGAAGAUGAAUAUGCCCCUGUAAUUCAAGGGGAUAAAAGCACUGAAUCAGUUGCUGUCCCAGGUAAUGAUCCAGCCAGCUCUGUCAGUGACAGCACAAGCCCACUCAUGUCAAGUGCUGUACAGCUGAAUAACCAGUCAACUUUAACUGCAGAAGACCCAGUCUCUGUGAUGGAUUCCAUACUCAAUGAAAAUGGUGAAAAUGGAGUCAUAUCACAGAAUAUAAAUCUUCUUGGAAAAGUUGAACUUCUGGAUUAUCUGGACAGUAUCGACUGCAGUUUAGAGGACUUCCAGGCUUUGUUGUCAGGACGACAGUUCAGCAUAGAUCCAGAUCUCCUGGUUGAUCUUUUUACAAGUUCUGUGCAGAUGAAUCCCACAGAUCAUGAUCAUGUCACUAAUACCAAAGUGGAGACAAAGGGAAAAGAAACUAACAAGAAUAACGCUGAUCCAGAGGCUUCACAGGAAACACAAGAUAAGCAGCUGAUACACUACACUGCAUUUCCACUCCUUGCGUUCCUGGAUGGGAACCCUGGCUCUGCUGUUGAGAGUGGGAGCUUCACAGCUGAAACUCCUUCCACUGUUGAAAAAUCCCUGGAGGGGGAGGAGCUCCUGGAGAGCAGCCUGGAUCCCCAGCCCACCCAGAGCAAACUGGUGCGUCUGGAGCCACUGACGGAGGCAGAGGCGAGCGAAGCCACGCUGUUCUACCUGUGCGAACUUGCCCCAGCACCCAUGGACACAGACAUGUCCUUUCUGAAUAACUGAUGUGAGGGAGGCUCUGUAUAUAGUCAUGAAGAUGAACUAUUUAUUUAGCAUAUUGUUUGGUAUGAGAGUUUUUUGUAAAUCACUGUUUUAUGUAACCAGAUAUGUGGAAUCUGAAGUACCUUUCCUCUCUUAUACAAGCAGUUGUUUAGCUAUGGAGUUAGACAAGCCACCAGGCACAGCUGCCACUGCUGAGCCAGGCUGCUGCUGCACUGAUGUGAACACUUGGUGUUGUACACAUUGCUCGUGCCGCAGGUAACCAACACUUGUCGUUAGUGAGCUUUGGGUUAUGGUUUCCUAUACUUCUUGUCUUACUAUGAUGACAUAAACUAGUAGUGUAUGGUUAGGGAACACUGACUUUCUGUAUUUCGGGGGUUUUAUUUUUUACGUUUUGUUUAACACACAUGAGGCGUUUUUGGGGUGGGGGGACCAGGACCUGAUGUAGGCUUUUUUUUUCCCUGCUUCAGCUGGGAACAAAGUGCCUGUACCUUGCUAAAUCUUGGUUCUGCCUUACUUUCACUUCAGUGGAAGUGCUCACAUAGCACAAACUGGGGAAAAGUUCUUGACAGCGGCCAGGCCCCAUGACUGCAUGAGUACUUUUAACUUGGACCAUCUAUGCUGACAGAAUAAAUGUUACUUAAGUGUGA